AUGCCAUACAUUAAACUGAUAUCGAGGAGGAUUUGUCAAUACUCUAUAUUAAAAACCAAGGAAGCACUCCCGAAACUGUUAACCAUCAAUGGAAAAGAGUAUCCAACAAGCAACAAAGACACAAACGUCACACAAAGUAUUCUGAACCUAACGAACAGAAAUCUUCAUCUAAACCCGAAUCACCCGAUUGGGAUCCUCAGAACCAUAAUAGAAACCAAAUUAAACUCAUUAUCACCAUACAAGACAUUCAAUAAUUUCUCACCAAUAGUCACGAAAUGGCAAAAUUUUGACUCAUUAGGUUUCCCUCCAACCCAUCCUGGUAGAUCCAAAUCAGACACAUAUUACAUUAAUGACACGACAUUGUUAAGGACACAUACUUCUGCUCAUGAAAUUGAAUGCUUUCAAGAUAUCAACGAUGACUCAGGGCAUAAUUGGAGAGGGUUCUUGAUUUCCGCUGAUGUUUAUAGGAGAGACGAAAUCGAUAAAACUCAUUAUCCUGUGCUUUAUCAAAUGGAAGGGUCUCACCUUUGGACCCGUCCUCGAGAAACUUCUAAUAUGGAGGCAGAAAUUAAAUCUCUGCAAUCUACUUUGAAUGAAAUGUUGAUAAAUAAUAAGAUGACUUUGACAAGAUGUCAGGAUGAAGUGGAACCGCCUACGGAGACUAGACAAGAUUAUAUGACUGAACAAGAGACGAAACUUUGCGAGAUGCAUUUGAAGACUACAUUAGAAAUUGUCGUUUUAGAACUUUGUAGGUUAAAAAACAUGAAAGAUGUCAAGAUGAGAUGGACUAAUACUACUUUCCCAUGGACUCAACCUUCGUGGGAAAUUGAAAUUUGGUGGGAUAAUCAAUGGUUAGAAAUUUGUGGUUGUGGGAUAAUUAAACAGGAUUUGCUUUUAAAAUCAGAUUUCGAAAAAGAUAGUACUAUCGGUUGGGCCUUCGGGUUAGGCUUAGAUAGAAUUGCAAUGUUAUUGUUUGGUAUUCCUGAUAUUAGAUUAUUAUGGAGCAAUGAUAAAAGAUUCAUUGGUCAAUUCGUGGAGGGACAGAUUAAUACUUUUAAACCAUAUUCUAAGUAUCCUGGAACUUUAAGAGAUGUUGCAUUUUGGUUACCUGAUAUACUUCAAGAUAAUGAAGAAAUUCAUGAAAAUGAUGUAAUGGAGAUUGUUAGAGAUGUAGCCGGUGAUUUAGUUGAAAGCGUUAAGUUAACUGAUGAAUUUAUUCAUCCAAAGACUCAUAAAAGAUCAUUGUGUUACAGAAUUAAUUAUCAAUCAAUGGAUAGAAAUAUUACAAACUCAGAAAUCAACUCUUUACAAGAAAAAGUUCGUAAUGAAUUGGUUAAAAAAUAUCACGUAGAAUUGAGAUAA